UCGGCUUUUAACUUACGUGUUAUGUUUAUCGUUUUAUUUAUAAAACCAUCUAUUACACCAACUUAAAAUGAAAAUUCUAUACAUUUUAUUUAUUUUGUGGCAUAUUGCUUACUGUGAUGAGCAUACACAUACAUAUAAAGAUGGAGAACAAGUGGUGCUAUGGAUGAACACCGUGGGCCCAUACCACAAUCGCCAAGAAACGUACGCAUAUUUUUCCCUUCCUUUCUGUGCGGGAACGAAAGUAACCAUUGGUCAUUACCAUGAGACUUUAUCUGAAGCUCUUCAAGGCGUUGAAUUAGAACUAAGUGGCUUAGACAUUACAUUCAAAGAUAAUGUUCCAGCGCAACAAUUUUGUGCUAUUGAACUCGACGAACAGUCAUACAAAGCAUUGGUGUAUGCCGUUAAAAAUCACUACUGGUACCAAAUGUAUGUCGAUGACCUACCAAUAUGGGGUAUUGUUGGAGAAAUAGAUGGUGAUAAUCACUAUAUUUGGACCCAUAAAAAAUUCGAUAUUGGUUAUAAUGGAAAUAGAAUUGUGGAAGUAAACCUCACAGCUGAAAAUAAAGAACGACUAGUGCUUAAUGCGAAAAUUCCUUUCACUUAUGAAGUUAAUUGGAAGAAGAGCAACAUUAGGUUUGAAGACAGAUUUGACAAAUAUCUGGACCCUAACUUUUUUCAGCACAGGAUCCAUUGGUUUAGUAUUUUCAAUAGUUUCAUGAUGGUAAUAUUUUUAGUAGGCCUUGUAUCAAUGAUUCUUAUGAGGACACUCCGUAAAGAUUAUGCAAGGUACUCUAAAGAUGAUGAUCUUGAUGAUUUAGAAAAAGAUUUAGGUGACGAGUAUGGUUGGAAGCAGGUGCAUGGAGAUGUAUUUAGGCCUGUUCCACAUUUGGCCUUAUUUUCUGCUCUUGUGGGAGCGGGGCAUCAGCUUACUGUAGUUACAUUAGCUGUUAUUAUUUUUACUAUUUUUGGGGAGCUCUAUACAGAAAGAGGUUCUUUGCUAUCAACGGCUAUUUUCAUAUAUGCUGCUACUUCUCCUAUUAAUGGUUAUUUUGGUGGGUCUCUGUAUGCAAGAAUGGGUGGAAGAUUAUGGAUCAAACAGAUGUUGCUCUCUGCAUUUUUGUUACCUGUACUAGUAUGUGGUACAGCAUUCUUUAUAAAUUUCAUAGCUAUGUAUUACCAUGCAUCACGAGCCAUACCUUUCGGUAGUAUGAUUGCGGUAAUGUCAAUUUGCACUUUUGUGAUCUUACCACUCACCUUAGUCGGAACAGUCCUUGGACGUAAUUUGGCAGGUCAGCCAGAUUACCCAUGCCGUAUUAAUGCUGUCCCUAGACCUAUUCCAGAGAAGAAAUGGUUUAUGGAACCUUUUAUAAUAAUCAUAAUGGGUGGUAUUUUACCCUUUGGUUCAAUUUUCAUUGAGAUGUACUUUAUCUUCACAUCAUUUUGGGCAUAUAAAAUUUAUUAUGUAUAUGGUUUUAUGUUAUUGGUAUUCUUAAUUCUCAUGAUUGUGACUGUGUGUGUAACAAUAGUUUGUACUUACUUCCUGUUGAAUGCAGAAGAUUAUCGUUGGCAGUGGACUAGUUUUCUCUCUGCAGGUAGCACUGCACUGUAUGUUUAUCUGUAUUCAUUUUACUAUUUCAUAUUCAAAACCAAAAUGUAUGGGCUAUUUCAAACAACUUUCUACUUUGGCUACAUGGCUUUGUUCAGUUUGACUUUGGGAAUAAUUUGUGGUACAGUUGGUUACUUAGGAACAAGUAUAUUUGUUAGGAAAAUAUAUUCAACUGUUAAAAUUGACUGAAUAUCGGAAAGAAUAAAAAUUAACAAUUAUAUUCUCAUGUGUUUUUGUCAAAAUGAGUUGCUAACUUGAGUGGUGAUAACCAACAAGAUAUUUAAUCAAACCAUUAACAUAUAUUACAGACAUACUAUUUGAAGAAAAACACAGUCCCUGGACAAUUUUAUUGUUUCAAAAUGUAAUUUAA